AUGGAAGAUUCAAGUUGCGCCACGAAGAAUCAGAUUAGAUCGUCGGGAUUCUCAACGUCGCAGGAGAGGAAGAGACGUCGGCUCUCGGAGGAAGUUGUUGGGAACUCUACGGAUCUAUCGCUGUUACAGUCGUUGAAAACAGUGGAGGAAUCAUCGGAAAAAAGUAAAUUAAGGAAGUAA